GGGUGCGGUUGUCAAGGCCGAAAAACUCGGUUGCUAAGGCACAGUAGCCUGUGUGGUUAACGGGACGGAGACAGCCGGAUGGAGGGCGCUGGGGAUCUGCGCAAUGGUGCCAGCAUCUUGGGAGAUGAAAAUGCAAAACUGCGGCAGCUAAAGCUCAAUAAUCAGAGGGCUCUCCUGGAGCAAAAGCAGCGGAAGAAAAGACAGGAGCUCCUCAUGGUUCAGCCGAACAAUGAAUCGAGACAGCGACGUGCCAAACCCAAAAAGAGUGAUGAACAAGCCCCUUUGGUGCCUAACCAGACCCCGAGGUCAAUGAAUAAUGAUGUCAUCUUGGAUGGCAUUGAUGGACCAGCUGCAUUCCUUAAUCACGGAGAAACGGAAUUAAUCAAUAAGGUUCAUAUCCUGUCGGUCGGGGAGACCUGCACCGAUGAUGAGUUUGACGAGGACCCCCCGCAGACGAUAUCAAAGUCUCCAAGCGUGAGAUCCGGCUCCAAAGAUGGUAGCUCAAGGCCUGACACCAGUGAUGGAAACUCCAGAUCCAGGGAGGUGAAACCCAGACCCGGAUCCAGUGACCCAGAAUCCAGAACAGAACCCAACGCGUCAAAACGUGACCUGCAGGAGAUAAUGCAGGAACGAGGCAUAUCAGACAGCCUAAACUUUGAUGAAGAGUCCUCUGAAGAGGACGAGAAGUCUACAAGUACAAGGCCCAGCUCUUCAUCCAGCAAAAAGUCUCAUACGGAGUCAGGCCCGGCAGAGAUCGCACAGAAUGCCCCCUCGGCAGAAAUAGUAGAGGUGGGAGACCUGAAGGAAUUUGUUCUGCGACCUGCUCCUCGUGGAAUCACCAUGAGAUGCCGCAUUACCCGUGAUAAGAAAGGGAUGGACCGUGGCCUCUACCCAACCUAUUAUAUGCACCUUGAACGGGACGAAAGCCGGAAGAUAUUCCUUCUUGCUGGGAGAAAAAGGAAGAAGAGUAAAACGUCGAAUUACUUAAUCUCUGUUGAUCCGACGGACCUUUCGCGGGAAGGGGACAGCUUCAUUGGCAAACUACGAUCAAACCUAAUGGGGACCAAGUUCACAGUUUACGAUGGAGGUAUUAGCCCAUCCAAAGUUCGAGGACAGAUGGAGCCUGCUGCCCCCCGGCAAGAAUUAGCCGCAGUUUGUUACGAGACCAACGUCCUUGGCUUUAAGGGACCACGCAAGAUGACCGUCCUGAUUCCGGGAAUGAACAUCAAUCACGAGCGUAUACCCUUUCAGCCUCAAAGCGAUUCAGAAAGCCUCCUGUCCAGGUGGCAGAAUAAGUGUCACGAUAAUAUCAUAGAGUUACACAAUAAAGCCCCCGUGUGGAAUGAUGACACGCAGUCAUACGUGCUCAACUUCCAUGGUCGAGUGACACACGCGUCCGUAAAGAACUUCCAGAUUGUACAUGACAAUGAUCCGGAAUAUAUAGUGAUGCAGUUUGGCCGGGUGGCUGAAGACAUCUUCACGUUGGAUUAUAGCUACCCGCUGUGUGCCCUCCAGGCCUUUUCCGUCGCCCUCUCUAGUUUUGACAGCAAAAUUGCAUGUGAGUGAGAGCCGCCGGCCGCUGUGACCCCACGCGCAAAAACCAUCUCUCCCGCUUGUAAAAACCCCAACUCGCGCACCGUUACCUGUCCGGGGGGGCACAAUAAGCUGCUGUGCCUUUUAUCGCCCCUAAAUAUGCAAACGCUGCUCUGCUGCCAUCCGCCCCGUGAGCUUAAAGGGAAAAUAUAUCUAAGGUACAAAAAAUGUUCAAAAAUAAAGGCCAAAGUUCCCGUUCCGAGAUAGAAUUGAUGUUCUUUGGACUGAUGGGGAUCCUUUUUUGUGCUUUGCACCAUCUUGAUCACUUUCUGCGCAGUUACAAGGAGUGACGAAGAAGAGUGCUAACAAAAAAGAAGCUU